AGUCCAUCACCGGGAUGCAUGCGUCCUCGUCCCAUCGCGAGCUUCACUUGGCCUGUACAUUCUUAUCCAGAAUUGCAUCAUAGCUUUUUCCAAUUGAUCGGCUUGAUUCAUACUGUUUUACAGAUUUGAAUAGCCUCGGUCUAGUCAUUCAUGGCUUCGCAGUUUUUCACUCGUCUGGGUCAGCUGGGCCUUGGCAUUGCUGUAGUUGGAGGAGUUGUGAAUUCUGCACUCUAUAAUGUUGAUGGUGGCCAUAGGGCGAUCAUCUUCGAUCGAUUUCAAGGUAUCAAGCCCAAUGUGGUUGGAGAAGGAACACAUUUCUUCAUUCCUUGGGUACAGAAACCAAUUAUUUUUGAUGUCCGCAGCAGACCAAGGAAUGUUCCUGUCAUUACAGGAAGCAAAGACCUCCAGAAUGUAAACAUUACACUGAGGAUCCUCUUUCGACCAAUUCCUGAUUCCCUCCCAAAUAUUUUCACUACCUUGGGAGUAGACUAUGAGGAGAGAGUAUUGCCCUCCAUCACCAAUGAAAUUUUGAAGGCCAUUGUGGCUCAAUUUGAUGCAAUGUGGAUGGUGCUGCCACCCCUUGAGUGCAUCACUGAUGCUGUUGAGCAGCUGGUGCUGGCGCUGGUGAGUGAGGACUUAACAGAGCGAGCAUCUCAGUUUGGCCUGCUGCUGGAUGACAUUUCCAUUACCCAUUUGACAUUCGGGAAAGAAUUCACCAUGGCAGUGGAGAUGAAGCAGGUUGCCCAGCAGGAAGCUGAGCGAGCAAGAUAUUUGGUUGAAAAAGCUGAACAGAUGAAGAAGGCUGCUGUCAUAUCAGCAGAGGGAGAUUCAGCAGCAGCAACAUUGCUGGCUAAGUCAUUUGGAGAUGCUGGUGAGGGUCUAGUGGAACUGAGGAGAAUUGAAGCUGCUGAAGACAUUGCCUACCAACUCUCUAAGUCCAGGAACAUCAUCUAUCUUCCACAAGGACAGAGUACUCUUCUUAAUCUGCCUAAUAAUUGAUGUCAUUCUGACUGGUGCUUGGCUCCUAAGUAGUGUGAGGCUGUAUGCCAACAAAAUAAAUAUUACCCAUUGGAUUUCCUAAUA